AUGUCCCACCUAGAGGCCCUCCAACGGGAUGGCUUCGUCGUAGUCCGCAACCUCCUCACCCCAUCCGAGGUAACGCACUACCGUGAAAUCGCCACAAAAGCAACCACACUCACAAGAGCCGGCACCUGGCCACACUUCCGCACCGUCCCGAAACAAUUCCCCCCAUGGCCAACGACCCCACCGCCCGCCUCUGAGGGCGGAAUCUGGGGCGUCCAGCACCUGCUGCACCCAGAAAUGCCAGGCCGGGACAGUUUUGCGCAGUGCUACUUCUCCCCAUCAAUCCUAGCCGUCGCAGAAGAACUAAUGGGCGUAUCCGGUUCCGCGGACGCCGAGCCGCUUGUUAUGGAACUUUUCAAUUUGCUCGUUGCGCCAGAGACGAAGGAUUUCGAACUCCGCUGGCACAGGGAUGACAUCUCCGAGCAUGCUACGGCGGAGGAAGAAGUCGCGCAGCUGGCGGCUAAGGCGCCCGGUGGUCGCCAGUCGCACUGCCAAUACAAUCUUGCCCUGUGUCCUGAUGCGUCGCUGAUUGUUGUUCCGGGUACGCAUGCGCGGGCACGCACACAGACUGAGCGCGAGGCGGAUCCGUAUGCUGCUUUUUUGCCUGGUCAGUUGGUUGUGGAGUUGCAGCCUGGUGAUGCGGUGUUUUACAAUAGUAAUAUCUUGCACCGCGGAGUUUAUAAGGGGAAGAGUGAGGGUGGAGAGGAGACGAGAUUGACGCUGCAUGGGAGUAUUGGGUUGAAGGCUGAGGGUGGGGAGGGGGAUGAGGAGAAGAAGAAAGUUAGGGCUACGGCGGUUUUGCAGCAUGGGGUUGGGGCCUGGGUUCAUCGGGAGGAUGCUGCUUUUGGGAUUGGGGAGAGGGCUGAGAAGAUGAGGGCUAAUCUUGUUGAGAUGGGAACUGGGGAGGGAGUUGGCUUUUCGUUGCAGGGAUAG